AGUUGGGUGAAAUUAUUCAAAGGCUAUUUUUACUCAAAAGGUGCAAUCUGAAUUUGAUAUAAUGGAACAAAAUUCCUUAUUUAAUGAAGAGAAGACAUUAGUUUUAGUUGGAAGAACAGGAAAUGGUAAAAGUGCAACUGGAAAUAGUAUUCUUGGAAGAAAUGUCUUUAAAUCUGGAACACGUUCUUCAAGUAUGUCACGUAUUUGUGAAUUACAAAAAAGUACAAGAAAAGAUGGAACAACUAUUAAUAUUAUUAAUACUCCAGGAUUAUUCGAUGGAAGUGAUUCUUCUGGAAAGGAAAUAAUCAAAAGUAUUGAUCUAGCUAAAGACGGAAUUCAUGCAAUUCUUGUGGUAUUCUCUGUUAGAACACGUUUUUCUGAAGAGGAACAAACUACUUUACGUGUUUUGAAAACUUUGUUUGGACACAAAAUUGUUGAUUACCUGAUUAUAGUUUUUACGGGAGGUGACGAACUCGAAUAUAAUGAAGAGACACUAGAUGAUUAUUUGGGUCAAGAAUGUCCACAACCUCUUAAGGAUAUUUUGCUCCAAUGUGACAAUCGUAAAGUACUCUUUAAUAAUAAGACAAAGGAUGAAACAAAGCAACUACAACAAGUUGAAGAGCUUCUCCAUCUUGUUAACAAGGUUAUAUCUAAUAAUAAUGGACAACCAUAUACCAAUAAGACAUUUAUAAAAUCACAGGAAGGAUCAAAAUUGAAAGAAGAAACUGCAAACCUUUUAGAAAAGUUGGAAGAAGAAAGAGUUGAAAGAGUUAAGAUUGAAAAAAAGUCAAAGUCAACAUCAGCUUCAUGGAAUGAUGAAGCUAAAAAUAUGAAGCAUAAUCAUCCAAGACCACCUAUAUUUCAACAACUAUGGUCUAUGUGUAAAACUCCCUUUUCUAAAAUUUUCAAAUUUUAGCACUAUUUUAUGUUCAAAAGUAUU